AUGGACCCGCGUCUCGUUGAGAAAUCCGGUGUGCGCAUAGCCAUCGAGGGCUGUGGCCACGGAACUCUUCAUUCGAUUUACGCGUCAGUCGACGCAGCGUGUCAAAAGAAGAGGUGGGAUGGCGUCGACCUCCUCAUCAUUGGUGGUGACUUUCAGGCAGUCCGCAACGCCCAGGACUUGAACUGCAUGGCUGUGCCUCCGAAAUACCGCGCAAUCGGCGACUUUUAUGAGUACUAUUCUGGCGAACGUCGUGCGCCUUACCUAACCAUCUUCAUCGGCGGGAACCAUGAAGCCAGCAAUCACCUCUUCGAACUCUUCUAUGGAGGCUGGGUCGCACCGAAAAUGUACUACAUGGGCGCAGCCAAUGUGCUUCGAUUGGGCCCACUAAGGAUCGCCGCUCUGUCGGGCAUCUGGAAGGGACAUGACUAUAACAGACCACACCACGAACGGCUGCCAUACAACCACAUGGACAUGAGAAGCAUAUACCAUGUUAGGGAGUUUGACGUGAGGAAGCUGCUUCAAAUCCGGACUCAGGUUGAUGUUGGGCUGAGUCACGACUGGCCCAGGAACGUUGUAUGGAAGGGAGAUCACAAGAGCUUGUUCAGAAAGAAAGACCUAUUUGAAGCCGACGCGAAGGACGGUAAACUGGGCAGCGUGGCUGCCGAGUACAUGUUGAACCGCUUACGGCCCGCGUACUGGUUCAGCGCCCACCUGCACACCAAGUAUCCUGCUAUAAUAGAGCACGAGGACAACGAUGAGUCUGCUACUGCUACAGCCACGAUUGAAGCACCUUCGGCCCAGGACAACAGCACGGGAGGUCCGCAAAAGAACACCGAUGAAAUUGAUCUGGAUCUGGACAUGGACAUGGACGAAGAUACGACUGUACAACCAGAGGCAGAGGCCAAACCGACUAACGCAGACGAAGUCAAACUGGAUCUGGACGCAGAUGAGGACAAGGCCCCGGAGACGGCAACGAAGACCGAACCGACACCUGUGGCCAACGCGGAUGAGCUCGAUCUCGACCUGGGUGCGGAUAAAGGCAAGGCUCCGGAAGUAGAUGCGAAGGCCGAACCAGCACCUGUGACCAACGCAGACGAGCUCGACCUGGACCUCAGUGAAGAGGGUGAAAUCAACUCGGAUACUGCUGAGGCAGAGAAUGAAUCAUCUAUGGAUGUUCCUGAGGAUAUCAGGGCGCAGCUUCCGGCCUCAUUCGCCAAACCGGCCGAACCCGCCCCACGCCGUAACCUCGCUAAGGUACCGCCUCCCCCCGGAAUCACCAACAAGACCACGAAGUUCCUUGCUCUCGACAAGUGUCUCCCCAGACGCGAAUUCCUCCAGAUUAUUGAUGGCAUCCGACCCAUUUCCGAGCAGCCGGACGUCAAAUACAAACGGCCCCUGCGUCUCGAAUACGACAGGGAAUGGCUCGCCAUCACCCGCGUCUUUGCUCCCAUGCUCACCGUCGGGGACCCCAACGCAUCCGUGCCGCCGGACGAGGGCGAGGCGCACUACCUUCCGCUCAUUGAGGCCGAGGAAGCCUGGGUUGAGGAAAACGUCGUCAAGACCGGCAAGCUGGACAUUCCCGCAAACUUUGAGAAGACGGCGCCCGUGCACAGGAAGUCCGACGGCAUCCAUGUGAAGGGGCAGCCGAGGGAGUACACGAACCCCCAGACCACGGCCUUCUGCGAGAUGCUGCAGAUCCCUAACCCGUUCGACAUCAGCGAGGAGGAAAGGACUGCGAGGAUGGAGGCGGGGGAGGUGGCCCGGGAGGAAAGGUUUGAGAGAGAGCACGGAAUUUCUCAUCGCGGAAAGGGUCGCGGCGGGAAGGGAGGCGGACGGGGAGGCGGAAGGGGUGGGAGAGGUGGCGGAAGAGGCCGCGGAAGAGGCAGGGGCAAGAAUUAA